CCAAAACGGCUAGCGUGCAAGAUAUUAGACCUGGUCCGUGCACACUACGUCGUCUUCAGGGUCAAGCAGAAACUUGCCAGCCUUCUUCAAGUUUGACAGCUCUCACUAUCGAACGCUCAACCUCUACACGCCUUGCUAAACAUCUCGAUCUCGAGCCUUAUCCAACCAAGCUAUCCGAAACCUUUGCGCCGAUCACUUGCCCGCCAUGGACUUCUCUGAUGCUUUCCGGAUCGUCAAUCUGGGUGUGGGAGCACUCAUGGUCAUAGGAGGAAUCUUCCAUAUGUUUCCUGUUGGGAUCUCUAGUAUCAUUGUCGGUGUCUACGUGGCGAUCUUUGGUGCUGCUGUUGCUCUUCUUGAAUUCCAAAUCCCUCCCCAAGUCUCUCGAUAUGGAUCUUUCCUGUUUUCGUUCAUUGGACGUGGUGCUUUCUACAUUUUCGCUGGUUCCAUCCUUCUCGAAAAUCACAUCAUUAACAUCAUCUUCGGAUCGAUCAUUGGCCUCAUCGGUGUUGCAUAUGUAGUCCUCGAAUUCGUUCCAAGCAUUGAGCCUCCUCAGAACAUGAGGGAAGCGGAUGGCGGAUGGGGAGCCGAGCAGGUUUAAAGUGGUGAAGACAAAAUACCGCAAUGAUUCGCGUAAGGGGAUAGCGUGGAUUGCUUAGGAGGAGCAAGUGCAGCGAGCAGCGAAGAGACAAUAUGUGUACGAACAACAGAUAUAAGGGAAUGAAUGUGGGCGGAUGGACUUGAUACGAUAGACGGAGAUGGGUUUCCUGGUAUGCUUGUACAUCAGCCAUGACCGAUGAUUUGCACUGAACGGCGUUAAGAAAUGCUAGGAAGUCUGCAGUCGUUAUCUACUAAGAUUCUUCGCUUCAGCUGCUCAAGUGAAAUGUGUGAACUAACCUUCU